GACGAAGCCAACCGACCUGCGACAACCUCCCCCCCAGGCUCUCUCGCCGCCUCACGCCCCGCCGGCGGGGAAGGCGAGGCCGAGCCCCCUCACGUAGCGCCGUUUCCCCGCACGAGGCAAGGGCUGAUCCCCGCCGGGGCUCCGCUGGGGCGGGGCGGCCGGGCCAGCAGACCCCCACCUCAGGGGCAAGAGAGCUGCCGUGAGGGGCAGGGCAUCAGCCUGCCCCAGCAGCCGGUAGCCCCCGUACCGCACCGUACCGUACGGCUCCGUCAGGGGAGGGGCGCGGAGGGCGGCGCGUCCCGUCCCGUCCCCCCGGCCGCCUCCUCCUCCUCCUCCACCUGCUGCCGCUGCGCCAGUCGCCGGCUGGGGGGAGCCGCCCGCCUCAUCCCCUUUGUGCUGCCGCUGCUGCUCUAGAGCUGCCCUCAGCCAAGCGGCGGCUGCCUCAGGGCCCAGGCGCUGCGGCCGCCCCGAGUCGCCCGGCGGAGGGAGAGACGCCGCCUCGCCCCCUCCCACCCCACUCCGCCAUUGCUGCGCGGGCCGCGGCGGAACGACGCCUCGCCGCCCCCCGAGGAAGGGCCGGGAGCCGCGGCGCAGAAAAUCCCUCUAUCCUGGAAGAAUGGUGAAACUGGGGAAUAAUUUCAGCGAGAAGAGCACAAAGCAGCCCCUUUUGGAGGAUGGAUUUGACACCAUCCCCCUGAUCACACCCCUGGAUGUCAAUCAGCUCCAGUUCCCACCUCCUGAUAAGGUUGUGGUCAAAACGAAAACAGAAUAUGAACCGGAUCGCAAGAAGGGAAAGUUCCGUACUCCUAAAAUAGCUGAAUUCACGAUCAGCAUCACUGAAGGGGUUUCAGAAAGAUUUAAGGUAACUGUGCUGGUCCUUUUUGCCCUUGCGUUCUUAACGUGUGUUGUAUUUCUGGUAGUCUACAAGGUUUACAAGUAUGAUCAUACCUGUCCAGAAGGAUUUGUUUUCAAGAAUAAUCAAUGCAUUCCAGCUGGGUUGGAAAACUACUACUCCGAACAAGACUCCAGUGCUCGAGGGAAAUUUUACACAGUCAUAAACCACUACAAUCUGGCCAAACAAACCAUCACGCGUUCAGUGUCCCCGUGGAUGACGGUACUGUCAGAAGAGAAACUAUCUGAACAGGAGACUGAAGCUGCUGAGAAAUCAGCUUAGUAUGAUAAGCUAAUUAUUAACAUCUAUGUCAUUUGAAGGUAACUAAGGGACUUUAAGGAACUUUUCAUUAAAUAUAAUUAUGGAUAAUUUAGAGGUUACUCAUGUUUAUGGUGCAAUUGCUUCUGUUUGCUGAUACUGCUUUGCAAAAAAAAAAACCAACAAAAACUUGCUGCAGAACAUUCAUGGGCAUAAAACAAGGUGCAUAUCAGCAUUGCUUUAGAGCUUUGACACCAUUUUCAAUGUUAAAAAAGAAAAAAAUCCAAUAUUAGAUAUGUUCUUGCAGUUUAUUGGAUACUGAGAGAUUUCUUCACUGGAUUUUCAGGGCUUGGACCUUAGAGAAAUCAUGUGUUCCGUUGUCUGAACUGAUACUUUAUUCAUUAAUUUUUUUUAUUCUUUGUCAUUUUGCAAACUGAAACACCCCAGCCAUAACUAGAGUGAUCUCUUGUUUAGCUGAAAGCUAUAUUUAAUAAUUAGUUUUGGCUCAAGCAAGAAUGCUAGUCAGCGUUGAUAUCAAGGGCAUAAUGUAAUGACUUGUAUGGAGGAAGACACUGUCGGGUAGCAUUUUUCUUACGUUUUCUUUACUGUUGUUUAUUUGUAAGUGAUAAUGAAGUUCUCUGCAACAAGGCAUGCUCAAUGUUUUAUUCUUGCUGUCAACAGGAUUUAACUGCAUUUCCACUGUGGCUUUAGCAUCUUGGUACAGAUGUGCACUGAAACACAAACUAGAUAGACAUUAUGGAAAAAAACACAGGCAGUUUUAGUGAUGGAUGUUGAGGAUAGUGUAAAAAAUAUACAGUUUGGGAUGUUCUAAUGAGAAAUGACAUCUUUUGAUCAUACUUAAGAGGCAGAAAGCCUCUUCACAGUAGAUGUAGUCCACUAUGUAAUUUGUUGGAUACAGCUGAGGGAGUAAUAUGUCUAAAUUUUCUCUUCUUAUUACAUUAAUAUUUUCCCUUUUUACGAAGUAGACGGAGCUUUCAGUUUAUGUAUGGUUUGCAGUUUGAUAUUUUUUAAAACACAGAGCAUCACGAGCGAAACAAUAGCAUAUUAGAUAACACAACUGGCUGUUUUAAAGCUACAUGUGAACCUGAGUGAAGAGUAGAACUGUUUAUGUAUGGCUUGGGAGGGGAAAAGAUGUAGAAGAACAUAGUAUUGUGGAUGCACGUUAAAAGUUCCAUUGUAAUUACAAACUUAUCUAUU